UCAACAGUUCUCCUUUUCGAACGGGCAGCAGAAUCUUUACAGCUCGUCCCACUUUGCCCAGUCUCAUCGGUACGCACAUUCUUCGGAAUCUUACCGCUUCUUUCACUCCGUCGGACAGUCGUCUAAGGUGCACGACAUGAAUAGUUUGCGGGCCAACCAGCCGCCUUUCACUCGUUCUCAGUCAGCCAUACCAAGCACCAUGCAACAGCUAUCCCUGCCCCUUCUACUUCCUACGCCUUUGGCACAAGCUGCACGCGCCACAACAUCCGCCUUGCAACCUGCUCGCCUUUCGCCCACGCCAGAUCCCCGAAUUGAAGCUGAUACAUCUAUCAAAGCCAAGCGCGCCAAGACCUUUUGGAACACAUUGGGGAUGGAGACAUUCUUGGACUGGAUAACCGAUCCUUACAAUCACGAGAGACUCAACAAGAAACAUCCAGUGGCUGGUCAGAGAGCAAUCGACCUAUAUGACGAGAUCAGCAAGGCUGUUUACGAUAAACACAGGGUGACUUGGGAUAACAACCAUGUGAAGUACAGGAUCAUCAAUGCAAGGAAGAAGUACGACGCUGCCAGAGCACUAUCGGAGGUCACUGGAGGAGGAGAGACGAGAGAUGUUGACGCGCUUCGCAAGGAAAUGCUCGUCUUAUGCCCUCCCUUUGAUCGACUUGAUGCAGUAUGGGGAGGUACGUUGGCAAGGGAUCCCCCUCCUCCAAGAGAGACAUGCAACCGCAGAGAUGAGGAAUACUACAACAUAGAGACUUCCCCAGAAGUAAUAGAGACGGAUGAGGAUGAGGAUAAUCAAACUACUGCUGUCCAGGAUGAUAGCGAUGUGAGGGCCACGCCAGCGAAGAGAGGUGCAGCGCACGCCAGGACAGCAGGAAAGCGUCGAAAGGGUAACGACGGCCUACCAGACUCCUUCCAGGCGACCCUUGAUGCGAUAAGAGGAGCGUUCAUCAACGCUAGAAAUACCAACACAAACGCGGGCGACAAUGCAAGUAAUGUCACUCUAGGCUGGGCAGAGUUGAUACGCAAGCAGGAGGAGAUGUUGGCAAAGAGCCGAGAAGACCUCGAAGAGGAAAAGAGAAGCAUCAAAAUGGAGAAGGAGAUAGAGAGGAACGAAUUAAAACGAUUAAGAGAGGAAUUCAAGCAGGAGGUGGCAGAAUUCAAGCGCGAGGUGGCGGCAUUCACAAAGGAGAGGUCUGACUAUCUUGCUAGGCGUGAGAAGGAUGGGAGUCGGGUGGUGGUGGAAACUAUGAAGUCAUAAUCGGUGGCUAUGCGCUUCAAUGGUCAAUGGUGUUUAAGCACCCAUCUCUUUAUUUUCUCCCUUCUCUCCACCCCUUGCUGCCUCUCAUUCUGUUCCUCUGCUUCUUCUGGUAUUUGCUGAUCAUCUGCUCGAAGUCGCGCUGCUAUAUCUCUAACGACCGUUUCGUCUACGAUCUCUUCCUGAGCAUCCCUGCGAAUAAAGUUGUGCAACACCAUGCAAGCUACGAUCCACUGGGAUGCCUUGCGAAUGUCUCUCUUGGAGUCGAUGCAUAUUGGGCAUAGGCGGCAUCUGCAAGCAGAUACUCUUUUCUUCGAAAGAACUCGUCCUUUCUCUUGUAAAGCGAAGUGUU